AUGGGAACAAUGAAGGUUUUCUUGGAGAACAUCCGCAGCAUGGCGCGGAGCCCUACGCAAUACAACCGGACUCAGCAGGAGAGAAUAGCCUCUCAGGAAGCUGAGUUUGAAGCUGCGGUUGCCGCCUCCCUCGUCGAAGCUGGUGGUUCUGGCUUUCCGGUGCUGCCUGCAUCAGGCGGCGCCGGCGCCGGCAGUGCGCAAGGCGACGAGGCCGCCGCCAUCGCCGCCGCCAUCGGAGCCUCGCUCGACAUGCACGAGACAGGCAGGGGUGGUGGCGGUGGCGGUGCUGCUGCUGCUGCUGAUGCUGCUGGUGGUGGGGAGGGCGUACGGAAAGGCCGGGGCGCGUGGAGCGGGGGCGCCAUGUUUGGGGGAUCGUUGGUGCCGCGCCAGCCACGGGCCCCCUCCUCCGGUAGAGGGCGAACGGUCGAGGACGAAGCGCUGGCCAGGCGCCUGCAGGAGCAGUGGCUCUUAGAGAAUGCUGCGGACCGCGGCGGCGGCGGUUUCGGGGGGCAGUGGCCAGGCGGCGGGAUCGGUCGCAUAUCGGGGAAACGCCCUUCCGCGCCGGGUGUGCGCAUUUGCGCGGGCUGCUCGAUGCCGAUAACCGACGCUGUGUUUCGCCAGGGUGCCAUGGGGGAGAGUUUCCACAUGGGCUGCAUGCCGGGAGGAGAGUCGCCCCUUCCCGCCUGCAAGGUGUGCCAUGAAAGGCUGCCUGCCCAAGACGGGCGGGUCCACUUCUACCGCCACAACUUCUUCCACGAAGUGUACUGUCCAUGGCAUCACGACAGCUCGCCACGGUGCUGCAGCUGCAUGCGGCUGGAGCCCAUGCCACAUCCACCAGGAAAAGGCGGGGAGGGACCGUUCGCAGAGCUGUCGGACGGCCGAAUGCUGUGCAUGGCGUGCGCACAGACGGCGGUGGUGGACUCCUCCGAGGGGGCCCCGGCGUUUCAGGAGGUGUGCACGUUCUUCGAGAAGGUGCUGAACUUGCCGGUGUCCAACGAGAUGCGGGGAUCUCCGGUCCUGGUUGUGGACUCCCCCACUCUGAACGAACAGACGCAUCUGGACCAGAAGCACGGCGCCGGUUCAGAGAAGGGCAUGCCUACCACGAGAGGGCUAACUCUGUCAGAGGUGGCAACGGUGAUGCACAUGGCCCCCGGGGCGAUGCAUUUCGACGCCAAGCAAGGCCGCUUCGUCGUCGGCCCUCGCAGCCAGGUUAAUCUGGGCGAGCGAAGGGCCGUGACGGCCAUCCUGGUGCUGUGCGGCCUCCCGUACGCGUCCUUCAGCGCUAUCCUGGCCCACGAGGCCACGCACGCCUACCUCAAGCUCGACCCCUCCUUCUCGUCUCGACUACCGUCGCAGGUAGAAGAAGGCAUCUGCCAGUUGGUCUCCCUGCUGUGGCUCGAGCACCUCGGGGGCAGGGGCACCGGCGACGAGGAGGUGCGGCAGCGCAGGCGACGGGGUCCCCGCCACGGAGCCCCCCCCUCCAAUGAGGAGCUCCGCCAGUACUUCGUCCACCAAAUCAAGACCGACACUUCGGUCGUGUACGGCGACGGUUUCAGGAAGGCGAAGGCGGUGUACGACGCCGUUGGCUUGGAGUCCCUGCUGGACCACUUCGAGCGUGGAUACGGAGCGGCGGAUAAAGUCUUGAGCGUAGAGAGACGGUUGACAAGGGUGAAAUACGGUCUCGCCAGCCGCCUCCCCGGGUAUGGACGCUGAUGAGCCAAGCUGCUCGUAUGUUAGUAGUAGCUCGCUUGAGAUGAGCUGAGGAGUGGAGGACGGAAGAGUGGGUUGUUCUUGUUGGUGCAGAGCAGUGGAUUUUGUGGUUUUUUCUUGCGGCUUUUUUUGUCUUUGUUGUGGGUGCUUGUCUCUUUUUUUUUGUUCUGGGCGCCGGGUCUACGCCCCUCGGUGUUUGGUUUUCGCACACAACAUGGCAUCAUGGUCGCACAGGAACAAGACCGGAAAAUUUGCCUUCUUUUCCCCGACGUUCGAACAAGGCGAGAACCAAUACGCGCGGGUUGGAGGCUUAGUCUACAGCUUGGGGGAGACACAGUAUGUAUGUUGUGCGAGUGCAUGUAAUGAGAGCCGAUCAGUUGCUGAGCGUGC